AUGCCUAGAAAAGCGCUACUACUUAAAUCCCUUGCAAGGGGCAAAAUCCGUGCUUCCUUCAACAAGUAUAACCUGUUCAACCUGUACAAGAAAUCGCAGGUUGAUUUCAGAUCCAAGACAUUAUAUCAACAGAAAUGGACCGCUAAGCAAGAAACAAGGGCGUAUCAUGGUGAACAUUUAACUGAGUCUAGAUGGCAAACUACAUUUUCGCCCCAACUGUCUUCUGUGGCUCAACUUGAUGCUUCUUUGAAGGGUGGCUCUGUGCAGUCUACACCUAUUCUACUUCAAACAUAUGCGGUUCUUGAAAAAAGACUGGAUUUUGCUUUGUUCCGUGCUAUGUUUGCUUCUUCAAUAAGACAGGCUCGGCAGUUUAUUCUUCACGGUAACGUGUUUGUCAAUGGGGUCAAGAUUAAGCACCCGGGGUAUCAAUUGAAGCCUGGUGAUAUCUUUAAUGUGAAGGCUGAGAAAGUACUUCAGGCUCUCGGAACGAAGAAGCCAAGUUUAGAGGACGCCUUGAAGGUGGACAAGAAGCAAAUCACCUUAUGGAAUAGAUAUGUGACUGAAGCACGCAACAACCCGCGUGAAGUGUGGGAGUCGAAGUUGAAACACAUCAAGGGCCUGCCUGCAUCUAGACCUGAAAAACAACAGUUUUUGGAAUUUAUCAAACACUAUAAUAGCCAGGUAGAGCAGGAGAAACUCAGAGUCCUGAAAGGUUCCACUAAGGUAUCCACAUUGGCAAAGAUCAUUUCAGUUGGUCAGGCCAUACCAGCGGAGGAGGCAGUCACUGUUGCCAGUUUUGAAUCCGCAUUCCACGGUGACAAACAUCUAGGCCAAUCUGCUUUCGAAAUUUACCAAGCUCUGGUUGGGUCCAAGGUCUUAACAAAAUUCCAAGGCUCUUCCGUUGAUGAUAUGGCUGCUGCGAUUAUAGGCUAUAAAAAGGAAACUGAUAUCGAUGAUCCGCUUAAGAAAACUGUUAGGACGGUUUCUCAGUCUUUGAACGAGUUCCAAUUGAAGCAAGAUGAAACAUUUAGAAAGAUUUAUGAUGACAAGAAGGGUAACCUGGCUACAUGUGAGCUCCCAUAUGACCCAGAGUGGGUAAAUAAGCUGCCUUUGCAUCCGCAAAUCAAUGUGCUGAAGCUUCGUGAGGACCCUGCGGCCGCCCAAAAGUCUAUUAACUUGUUAUGGCAGACAGGUUUAUUUGGGCGUCAGAAUCCUUCUAAGCCAUAUUUUACUCCUUGGAAACCUAGACCAUUUUUGGCUCCAUUUGCAAUUUUACCACAUCAUUUGGAAAUAUCAUUCAAGACCUGUCACGCUGUUUACUUGAGAGACCCAGUUGCCCGCCCGGGACAUUCUGAAGUUAUCAGUCCAUUUGGUCUACCUGUGCAUCAACGUGCUUACAUGUACUAUGUAAGGAAAGGUAAGUAG